GUCAGUGGUUGUGCCCAAAUGAGUAUCACAGAAAGUUCAUGGUUCUUACUCUUGUUUCUGUUUUAUUGCUUCUCUUUCACAACCCUUCUUUCUAAUGGAGCUAGCACCAUCUCUGCUGGUGAAUCUAUUUCUGGAGACCAGACCAUUAUCUCUGAACCAGAUGGGAACUUUGAAUUGGGCUUUUUCGCUACAGGUAAUAAAUCUCAAAACUAUUACAUAGGCAUUUGGUACAGAAAUAUCUCAGAAAGGACAUUUGUUUGGGAGGCAAACAGAGAUAAACCCAUCUCUGAUAAGUCUUCUUCACAACUGAAGCUCCUAGAGGAUGGCAAUCUAGCUCUCCUCGAUUCAUCAAAAAGCCAUAUUUGGUGUACCAAUUUGACCUCCUUAACCAUGAAUUCUACGGAGGCAGUGCUUCUUGACUCUGGAAAUCUGGUUUUGAGACACAAACUAAACUCCUCUGCUUUCAUUUGGCAGAGUUUUGAUCACCAAACUAAUGCUUGGUUACCGGGUGGGAAGCUUGGUCGGAAUAAACUCACCAAUACUUCACAGAUGCUUACUUCAUGGAAGAAUUCAGAGGAUCCUGCUAUGGGGAUCUUCUCUUAUCAGCUGGACCCUGCUGGAAGCAAUCAGUAUUUUCUAUGGUGGAAUAGGUCUCAAAGAUACUGGACUAGUGGGUCUUGGAAUGGGCAUAGAUUUGGCGCAGUUCCUCAGAUGGACGACAAUAAUUACUUCAACUACAGUUAUGUAUCAAACCAGAACGAGAGCUAUUUCACUUAUAAUGUAUACAAUACUUCUUUCAUCACUAGAUCCGUGAUGGAUGUGACAGGGCAGAUCAAGCAAUUUGUAUGGCUGGAUGGUGUUGGCUGGAAUUUAUUUUAUUCUCAGCCAAGUCAUGUAUGUGAGGUUUAUGUUCUCUGCGGACCUUUCGGUGCCUGCAAUCGGCAACAUUUGCCCUUUUGUGAAUGUUUGCAAGGUUUUAGUCCACGCUCAACAACAGAUUAUUAUAAUCUGAGUGAUUGGUCUGGUGGUUGUGUGAGAAGAACCCCUUUGCUUUGUGGAAACAAUGUUUCUGUAAAUAAGGAGAAAGAUGGAUUCUUGCUGAUGCCCAAUAUGAGAUUGCCCGCAAAUCCGCAAUCUUUGGAGGUUGAGAGUGCCCAAGCAUGCGAAUUGGCUUGCCUAAAUAGCUGUUCUUGUGCUGCUUAUACGUAUGAUGACAGGUGUUCAGUAUGGGAAGGAAAUCUCUUGAAUCUGCAACGACUCUCACAAGGUGACAGUGGCGGAGGAAAUCUAUAUCUCAAACUAGCUGCUUCUGAGCUUUCAAGUUCUGGAGGUAAGAAGAAGAGAUCACUUACUGGUACUAUUGUUGGUGUUAUUUCAGGGGUUGUACUGCUCUUGGGAUCUGUUUUGGUGCUAUUCUUGUGGUGGCGAAGAAGGAAUUUAUUCGGACAUUCAAAUCAAAUUGAGGGUUCUUUGGUUCAAUUUUCAUACAAAGACUUACAAAUUGCAACUAAGAACUUUGCUGAAAAGAUAGGAAGAGGAGGAUUUGGUUGUGUCUUUAAAGGGACAUUGCCUGAUUUAACUGUUGUAGCUGUGAAGAAACUUGAAGGCCUCAGUCAAGGAGAGAAGCAGUUCCGAUCUGAAGUAAGCACGAUUGGGAUGAUUCAGCACAUUAACCUCGUUCGCCUUCGAGGGUUCUGCUGUCAAGGUAGUAAAAGGUUACUGGUCUAUGAUUUAAUGCCAAAGGGCUCUUUAGAUUCCCAUCUGUUUCAUGACAAAAAGGACUUUAAGCUUUUAGAUUGGAAAACAAGAUACCAAAUUGCUCUUGGAACAGCAAAAGGAAUAACUUAUCUACAUGAGAAGUGCAGAGACUGCAUCAUACACAGUGAUAUUAAACCGGGGAACAUACUUUUAGAUGCUGAAUUUUGUCCCAAGGUGGCAGACUUUGGCAUGGCAAAAAUUGUUGGCCGGGAUUUUAGUCGGGUGUUGACAAGCAUGAGAGGGACCAUUGGAUACAUUGCACCAGAGUGGAUUUCCGGUGCGGCAAUCACAGCCAAAGCUGAUGUUUACAGCUAUGGUAUGUUGCUCUUUGAGCUUAUAUCAGGGAGGAGAAACUCUGAUCAACGUGGGGAUUGGAAGUUUAGAUACUUUCCUACUUGGGCAGCAAGAAAAAUCAACGAAAACAGAGAAAUAAUUAGCCUCCUUGACCACAGGUUAGAAGGUGAUGCUGAUCAUACAGAACUCACUAGAGCCUGUAAAGUUGCUUGUUGGUGCAUCCAAGAUGAAGCUGAUAGGCCACCAAUGGGGCUAGUGGUUCAGAUGCUUGAAGGGGUAAUGGAUGUUAACCCACCUCCACUUCCCAAAACUCUGCAGACUUAUGCGGAUAUCCAUGAAGAUGCCUCUGAGUCUUCAUCAAAUUGAGGUUCAUGAGAAUGUACUUCUUGGGCGAAAACCACUACUGUCAUCAACAAUUUCCACGAAAUGAAUAAGCUGAAACUGAGAUGAAGUUCUUAAUCAGUUCACAAAAUGG